AUGGGAAAGCGCAAGGUAGCUGCGCUCGAGAAACUUGAUGCAGAUUUGUCGUAUGAAGAUGAGUUCCAGAGACAAUACGAGCAAUAUGUCUCCCAACGGGAUCUCUUCUUGACCGCGCCGGCAAACGCCUCGCCGGACCAGAUCCGGGCCUUUCACGACCUGAUCGACCUGCUCGCCCACAUCGCCGACUGCUACCCCGAGGCCCUGCGCAGCUUCCCGGACGACCUGGCCGCCAUCCUGACCCAGCACCAUGCCGUGCUGCACCCGGAGCUGCGUGACAAGAUUGUCGGCAGCUUCGGCCUGUUGCGCCGCAAAGACAUCCUGGACUCGCCCGCCUUCGCCCGCACCCUCUUCCCCAUCCUCGUCCACACGCCCAGCAAGACACUGCGCACGCUGCUGUUCCGCCGCAUCGUCUCGGACCUGCGCAACGCCAACAGCCGCACCAAGAACCACAAGCUCAACCGCACCGUGCAGACCGUCCUGUUCAACCUCGUCACGUCCGACCGCACGUCGGCCCGGCCCAUCUGGGCCGUCAAGAUCACACGCGAGCUGUGGACCCGCCAGAUCUGGGUCGACGAGCGGCCCGUGGAGGUCAUGCGCGAGGCCUGCCUGGGCGACAACGAAAAGGUGGUCGUGUCGGCCGUGCGCUUCUUUCUGGGCGGCGACAAGGCGCGCGAGGAGCUCGAGGACGACAGCAGUGACGACGAAAAGGGCAAGAACAAGUACGGCGGUGUGCUGGGCGGCGGCGCAGGCGGACCUGUGGAUCUCCAGAAGAUGAAGCAGGGCAGUCUGCACAGCAAGAAGACCAAGAAGACGGCCAAGCGCCUGGAGCGGGCCGUCGACAAGGUCAAGAAGAUGGAGCGCAAAAAGCAACAGCCACAAAUGCUCAACUUUUCUGCUCUGCAUCUUCUCCACGCACCGCAUGAUUUUGCCGAGGCCCUGUUCACGCGCCAUCUGCAGUCGUCCAAGUGCAAGUUUUCGCUGGACAGCAAGCUGCAGAUUCUCCAGCUCGUAACGCGCUUGCAUGGCCUCCACAAGCUCAUUAUCCUUCCGCUUUUCAGCUGGUUUACCAAGUACCUGACACCUCGUCAAACAUCCGUAACAACUUUCCUGGCGUCGCUAGCACAGGCGGUCCACGACCAGGUGCCACCGGAUGCCCUGGAACCCUUAUUGGCCAAAAUUGCCAAUGAGUUCGUGUCGGAGGCUUCUGCGGCCGAAGUGGCCUCGGCCGGUCUGACGGCGAUCCGCGAAGUCUGUCUGCGGCAGCCGCUCGCCAUGAACGAGACCCUACUACAGGACCUCGUGCUUCUGCGCAAGAGCAAGGACAAGAGCGUCAUGAUGGCCGCGCGCGGCCUGCUGUCUCUGUUCCGGGUUGUGGGCGCCGAGAUGCUGGCGAAGAAGGACCGCGGAAAGGAGGCGACCAUGGGCCUGCGGAGCGGUGAGAUGCACCUACGCAAGUUCGGUGAGGAGGCCACGGGUGGCGGCAUAGAGGGCAUUGAACUGCUGGAGGAGUGGAAGAAGGCCGAAAAGAAGCGGAAGCGCGCAGCUGAGCGGGCCGAGAAUGGCGAAGAGGACGAGGGAGACAACGACGACGACGACGAUGAUGACGACGAAGAUGAAGACGACUCGGACAACUCCAGCGAGUGGGACAUGUCAGACCACAGCGACGACUCGGGCGGCUGGAUCGAUGUCAGCGAGGACGAGGCCCCUGCUAAGCUGCCGCCGAUGAAGAAGCAGCGCAAGGGUAAGAAGAGCGCCGAUGCCGACGGCGACGAGGAGGACGCUGAAGAGGUGGGGAGCGGCGAGGACGGCGAUGAAGACAAUGAUGCCGACAGCGAGGAAGACGACGCACCCAAGGAGGCGGCCAUUUCCAAGCUCGCUACGACGACGGUGCUGACGCCCGCGGAUCUGGCCAAGCUGCGCGAGCUGCGCAUGGAGGCCAGCGUGGAGAAGGCGCUGGGCAGCAAGGCGGCGGCGACGGCCAGCCGCUACGCAAAGGCGGUGGCGGCGCGGCACGCAGAUGACGGGCUGACGGCCGAGCAGAUUGAGCUGGCGUCGACGCUGCGCAAGGCCACCAAGGAGGAGCGCAUUGCCAAGGCGCAGGAGGGCAAGCCGUCACGCGAGUCGCACCAGUCGGUGCAGGCGCAGCGCAAGGCCAAGAAGGUGGCCGAGGGCAAGUCGCUGACCAACCAGGAAAAGGCGCGCAAGAAGAACAUUUUUAUGACCAUGGGCAAGGCGCGUGCCAAGAACCGCCGCAGUCUUGUCGAGACGCGCAAGGCACUGCAAGCCCACGUAUCACGCUCGAAGCGCGGCGGCCGCCGAGGCAACUUGGGCUAG